AUUUGUAGAGUGUAGAGGUAUCUUGGAAGGCUUUUGCUUCAACCUGGUCUUUUAAAGGAGCGAACAGUCCACAGCCUGCAUUUAACACUGACCGCUACGGGUUUUGCGGUAAGUAACUUAAGCUUUAUACUAAGAAGUCAUGUUUCACAUGAUUUUGCAAUGAUGGAGAAAUGGUAUGCGGCAAGGCGAAAUUCUCCCCUCCCUCUAUUUACUUGUCAAAUGUCUAUCUAUAUACUUAAAAAUAGUAAGUGAAAGUUUUGCCAUUUAUACUGAACGCGAAGUUUGUUUUUUUCGUAAGCUGCUACCGGCCGUGUGAUGGCAUUGACAUAAUCACGAAUAAGAACAAAACUCGGAGCCCAAAUCCUUGGAGAAAAGAUCAUUUAGGAGCCAAGUAAAAUACGUAAUCAGCGCGUUCAAAGACUUAGGUAUGCAUGCUUUUACUUAUUUCGAGUUUUCCAGCUCACCGAUUGUUUAUUUCAAAUGACUGGCAGUCGGCCGCCAUCUUGAAAUGGGCGUUUUGCAAGGUAAACACUUGUUUCCAUAUCUCAAACUGCCCUUGGAUACGUUGUGAUACCUACACAAAGUAAUUUCAUAUAUAUGAGUGAGCCUUGACAAUAGUGAUUAGGGGUAAGCACUAACGAUACUUAUUAGGGUUAAGCACUGACCAUACUGAGUAGGGUUAAGCACUGAAAAUACUGAUUAUUGUUAAUGGUUAGCCUCUAUUUAGGGUUAGGGUUUUCGCUAUCACUUAAAUCAAACUGGUCUCCUGCAGGGAAUCUGCGGUGGUCCAGUGGUUAGGACAGGAGACUGCGAACCUGGCACUCCGGGAUCGAAUCCUGGUUGUAUUUAUGAAAUUUCUUUUUCCUUCAAAAUUGAAGAGACUUGCACUUUGACAACAUUUGUUGAGCAGAAACUAUGCCUCAGAGUCAAGAAACUCAGAAAUUUCAUGUAAGUGUAAGUGGAAAGGGACAGGGCGGUCUGAGAUAAUUAUGGAAACAAGCGCUUACCAUUUUGCAAUAGGUUGGUCACGUGUUCAGCAUUCUGUAAAUACGAAAAGUGGGGUCAUUAGGGAAUUGUCAACACCACAUCACCGCCAAAAACCUUAAGGAAACACUGACAUCACAAUUUAAUUUUUGUUUUAUGAUUAAUCUAAUCCAUUAAUCUCCAUAUAAUUGGGGAAGGAGGAUCUUGGAGCUGGUUUUGAUUUUGUAGAGACUCAUAGAGCUGAGACUGACCCCAAGAUUCUAAGAACUAUAUUUCAGUCAUGCAGAUGUAAAGAAUGCAUGGUGGCAUGUUACAAACUUACCAACUAGAAUUUGUUUUUCUGACGGUAGUUCUGGAUUACCACCCUGUUCCCCUCUUUAUAAAAAAAGGGGACACAGCCAGUUAUGCACACCAUUGACAAUGCAUUUACAGGAUGAACUAAGCAAUGAAAACAAUAAUGUGUAAAGGAAUUUUUCAAUUCAAGUCUCGAUGUUCGUAAUGUUCCUCGUCUUUAUAACCUUGUCUCCUUGUCUAAAUUUAAAGUGUUUUCUUUCUGGCAUUUUUGGGCGAACAACAGCACAACUAUAACUCACUGGAAUAGCCCUUAAAUGGCCAAAAAUGCUAAGAAAACACCAUAAAUUUAGAUGAGGGCACAAGGUAAGAAAUUCUGAUGUAUCUUUAUUACUAUUUGAACCAAAUAAUGAUAGCUUAAAUCUCCAUACAAACCCUUAUAAUAUUUCUGUUAUGCAACAACGAUUCUCACUCAUGAGCUUGGGGUACCUGUGGGCAUACCGGUAUGUAUUAAAAUUAGGUAACCUGCAAAUUUUCAGACUUAUAUCUCAAAAGUGAUGAUACUUGCAAUGGCCACCAACAAUUGUAAGGAUUUAUAUGGGAAAACAAUUCAUGCCACCCAGCCGUGGUUGAGUGAAUUUCCAUUCAAAUCCUUGUAAAUUUUGAAAUGUUCAAACUGUCAUAAUUUUUUUCCCUUUUAAAAUGGAUUAAAGGUGUUAAAUUGUCUGUUGUAAACAAAAGAAAGUUUGGGCCCUCUUUUAGAACAACAAAAAUGAAUAAAGAAAAAUUUUUUAUUAACCUUAGUUAUUUAAUUAGAGGUAGUAUUUACACACAAUUUAUUAAAGACAUCUCUCACUAAUUGAAUGUCUAAUAAUACCUUAAUUUCAAAUCUCAGUUGAACCGUGUUCCUAAUUUGAAGAUAUGGAGUUCAAUGUCCGUCUGGCUGGAAAUGAAGAUUACCAAGCAGUGCUGGAAAUGUCCAAGGGACAUUAUGGAGGACAUGACAAUGCCCCAUCUUGUUUUAAACAAUGGCUACUAAGGGACAAUAUUACGGUGCUAAUUGCCACUUACCAACAAAAGGCCAUUGGACUCUGUGCAGUAAGCAUUAUUGAUGAUGGUCAAACAUUUUUCUCUCAUGGGCUUAGAAUACACCCGCAUUAUAGAGGAAAGGGGUUUGGAACUCAAUUAAUCUUGGCUGUACGUGAGUUUGUACGACAAAAUUAUCCAAAUGUUCUACGUGAGAGAUACACAACAGCAAACACCCAUCAUGCUAGGCUAGCAAUUGCUUCCAAGACUCAAGAUAAGCUGCUGUUUCAGCAAGAUUCCUAUGCAUUUGUGGUAAAGAAGGAUAGAAUUCAGCUUUCUAAACUUAACGGCCUAAAUUCGUCUUGUCUUUCCCGGGUAUACAAGUAUGAUGUGGAGAAAUUCAAGAAAGAUUUAGAAAAGAGCCAGGAUUUAUUCAAACGAGGAAUCAUGGUGAUUAACUACGAACCGUAUAAAGCAGUACCAUCAAAUGUUGACCUGUGCAUAGAAGAGGGUGACUGUUUAUUUACUGACAGAACACAAGGACUCUAUUUGCAACAGUCCAACCAACUCCGUUCCUUCAGUCAUGGAUGUAUUGUCCAUGCAGCUAAAUUUACACAGUGGGCUGUGACAGUCUUCACAAAUGACUUGGUACUUUUUCAAGGCCAUCUUUUGUUAAACCUCCAAGUUGCCUGUCAGAAUAUUCAGGGAGACAUCAUAUUUCGCAUCAACCAUGAUCAGGACAAGUUCUUAAAAGAAACAGCUGUGAAGUUAUUGCAGGGAACUCUUGGGCUAGAACCCGAGACAACAAGAUUUGAAGACUUUCGUGCUCUUCUAUUUGAAAAGGAACUUUAUUGACUAGACCUUUGCCCUGCCUGUCAGUAAGUAACACCUUACUCUUGCUAGUUUGUACUUCAUACAGUCAAACCUCGUUAAUAUGGACACUGAAGGGAACAUAGAGAGACAGUCAGUGUCCAUAAUUAAUGCAUGUUGUGCAUAUUAAGAAGGUCAUGUUAUUGGUAAUAUUAAAGUCAAAAAACACCUUACUACGAAGAAAUGAAAAAAAGACCUGAACAUCAUAAAUUUUAAAAAAAUAUUCCAAACUUUCACAAAACCAUCAUUGCACAGACUAUAAAUCCACGGAAACACUCAAAAAUUACUAUCUAUAAAUUACUUAAUCAAAACCUGCAUAACUUUCUGCAUAGCUUUCGGCAUAACUUGUAGUGCAUAGAACAUCAACUUGCUGUCAACUGAAGGGUUUUUUUUUUACCUUCAAAAAGGAAACAGGCCUAUUACAGAACACAGUUGAUAAUGAAGUGUUCACAUUAGUGAGGUUGUUUUUCUAAUAUGUGAAUCUGUUGAUUCACAUAGGAAGUGUCCAUUGUCUAGCCUUGGCCAAAAGCUGCUCAGUAACUUUUUGGCAACUUUAAUUUUGACAUAUAUAAUUUGGAACAACUUUCUGGCAACUUAUGCCAUUUGGACCAACUUUCAUCAAUUUUGGGGCAACUUGAUGGAAUUUUAAGUAAUGUAUAGGAAAUAUAAAGUCCUAUAAUACUGAUUAACAAGAAAGAAGUGUCAAUUGUUCGCUGUAACUGGUGUCCAUAUUAAGUGGGUUAACUUUAGAGAUUAUGUGAGGGCUUUCCCCAGGGACAAAGGAAACUGUCCAUGAUAGCAAUGUGUCCUUAUUAAGCGGAUGUCUGUGUGGCAGGGUUUGACUGUAUUUUGGUAAAGUGAUUUAAUGAAAGUUUGUGUGUUGCCAUUAAUGUCCUACUUUUUGAAUUUCCCUUAAAUAGGGAUCAGUCUUUUUGGGCUUGGGCUUUUUUAAAGUAGGGUGUCAUUUUUCACUGGUAGUACCACUCGGGAUCUGUAUUAAGUAGAGAAGGGGCAAAGAAAACUGUCCAUAAACAUGAGGUGUCUAUAUUGAGUGGGUGUAGGUAAAGCAGGGGUCAACCGUAUAUAUAUGCAUCUCACGUAAACACCCCCAUACAGAUGGAAAAGUGGGAACCCUGAAGAUCUCAAAGACCAAUCAUUACCCUCUCUUCCUGCGGGUCACAUAGGCAAUGUCAUGUGUCCCUCACAGGUAGUGGAACUGGAUAAAACUAAACCAAGAGAUGGUUGGCUGGUAGUGUGCCUGGCAGGUGUUGAUGGGGUUAGGGGUUGGAGGGGAAAAACUUGGAGGAGUGUUAUUGGAAAGAGAGGAAAAGGCUCCCUUUCUCCUCUCCCUUUUGCUAUUUUUCUCCUCCUCCCCUCCCCUUUUUCUGCCUGCCCCACAGGCUAGCCAUUUUGUGGGUGAGCACAAGACUGCCGGGUCGGUGUCAUGUGGAAUUUUACCAUGGGCCUGUUUUGGAGAUGCAAUCACUUCUUUUAUUGACUAUUACUCAGUUGCGUAGGAAGCUGGGUUCAAAUUCGUCCCCCAAAACACUCCCAUUGCGCAAUAAGACACAGCAUCAACUCCUUGGUAAUCUCGCUGAUAGGUUCUUUCUAGAUGUACCGAGGCACAGAACAUCUGCAACAAAAGAAACAAUACAACCAAAUAAUAAACUCCCGAGAACUCUAUUGUUUGAUUACUUUGUUUCUUUUGGAUGACGGUACCUGCAGAAAGACCCCGUUGAUAUCCCGUCUCUUGACCGAACUAGAAAAGUUUCAGCUAAGAGGCAAUUCAUUUCUCAACGGGUUCCUCCUGAUCAUGUAGUCGAAUAAAGCUGGGUAUGAUGUGGAUAAUUAUCCAGAUCAAGGAGGAUAAUCAUCCAAGGUGGAUAAGUAAAAGCCUCUGAAAUCAGCAUAAUUCUUCGCAUCAUACGAUAGUCGAAUUCAAUAAUUGUUUUUCAAAAUUUUUCCAAGUUCUUAACAAGCGUACUUCCUCGUGACUUUCUUCAAAACUUUGGCCUAUUCCUCGGAACGGUCGACUCAGGAUAUAAACCUAUGUUUUUUUCUCUUGCAGAUACUCCUGAAAAAGUAGAUAACAUCCACCAUGCAAUAUAGUUUGCAUAUUCUUGCAUUUCUUCCUUUCUGUUUUAGUCAGAAACUCGACAUAAUUGUGAAUGCAGUUAUUAAGUUCACCAUCGCCCAAGUAGCCUUCCUUUCAAGCAAAUAAACCAUCGAUCAACCUCGUUUCUAAUCAAUGAAAAUACCAUCGAACCGAUGGUAUAUUGAUCGCGUCUUUCAAAUAUGCUAAGUGGCAAAAGUGGCACAGAGUAGGUUUGAGGAAUUCGCCUGGAGAUUGGAGCCAGUCAGAAAUUAAUGAAUUUUGCUCUCGAACGACAUGCGGCUUCAGUAGAUAAAACCCUCCCAGUUAAUCCACAGGGUCCAGAGGAGUUUCGUGUGAAUAAAUGAAUCACUUAUCAAGUCUCACCUUGAAAAAUGUUUAUACCUGUCGCUUAGCACGAUUCAUCUUCAUUGAAAAAAAUGCAUAUAUUUGUGUUACCCGCAGUAGCGUGACGGUUUCAACGUUUUAUGCAAAAACAUCGAAAAUGAACUGCGCGUUUACCUCUCUCGGCGCGUUGCUUUUUAAUUUCCCAAGCUAGAUUUUUUAUAUGUUGUACUACAUCAGUAGGGCUUUACUAAGGUUUAAUAAUUCUUCUAAAAUUCCAUGUACCAAGCUGUGAUUUCUUCCUUCAAAGUUUCGCAAAAUUCAUUUUUUAUGAAAGUGCUGAAGAUAGGAAUCUUCGGGCGUUUUUUAACCGAGUAAAAAAUUCAUUAUCUUGCAAUAUUUUUAGCAAAUAGUAUUGUAACUGGGAUGCCUUACUUACCUGCCAAAGGUGAACUUGUUUCCUUGAACCGUUUUUCUUCCCGAGGGCUUUGAAAAUAGAUAUAAUUCAAAGGUUUUAGACCGGCGACUAUAUGGCGUAGGGCAGCAUUUAACUUUUUGCCGGUUUUCUCGAAAAAGAAAUUUCUUUGGAAACUUUUAUUGUGAGUUUCGAAAAAGUUUCACCAAAGAGUUUUCUCUGACUGAAUAUGAAGGAUUUCGAAAUUUCCGUUUUGACGGCAAAUUCUCGAUAUUUACAGACAGCCGCUCUUAAUUUGUUGCCUCCCCAACUCUGUAAAACCCUGCAAACUGAAAUGAAAUUCCGUAAUCGUCGUUUCUCGCCUUUCGCUUUCUUGCAGAACACUGAAGAAUAGCAGUCGUCAGUUCACUUCUCAAAGUAGAACGGUAUCUACUACAUGAAUAUUACAGUCGUUUUCAUUUCUUAAAAUGGAACGGUAUUUGUACUGUGUGCGAGUGAAUAUUCUAUUUUUUUAAACGGCAGUUCGAACAGGCCUCUUUAUGCAUUCUCUUGUUACAGUCGUCCAGUAACUUCGUAAGACUGAUAAUCGCGAAAGCAGAGAUUCUUUAAUUAAAACGAUCCCUACCCACCGUCCGAUCCUUCUCUCUUUAAUCAUGAUCCUUUCCACGUCAUUUGACUCCACUUGCGAAGUUCUUGUUAAAUUUGAAUGCUUAAAUGUCACUAGAUAGUCAGUAAAAUAGCGACCAAACAGGUUGAGCAGAGCUUGUCACACCCAAUUACCAUAUUUAACUCAUGUUAUUAACUCGAAGUCGUUGAUGAUGAUAAAGUUUUUUAAUUACAAUGGUCCUAAUUUUCUAAAAAAAAAAAGUAUGUCUAGUAGUUAUUAUAGUGCAAAUUCCCUGUAUGAAAAACCGACUUCGAGGAGUCACCUUUUACUUCACUUGGGUUUCAAUGAGUGAGGGUUAUUGAUCAGAAGCACUUUAUAACCUUUAGUUAUUGAUCAUCGCAGCAGUAGUUCACACACCACAGCAGUCUACUUGACAACGCCUACAAUAAUUUGUCACAUUCGUUGAAGCACUUUUCAUCUUCCCCGCUCCAAUGUUUAUUCAUGUAUAACCCAUUCGAAAAUAAACGCGAUACAUGGGGGAAGAAGAGAUAAAGUAACUUGACGUGGAAAAGUUAGGUAACUUGGUUGAGAAGGUGUAAUAUAGAAAAUUUUCAGUUUCAUUCCAGUGUUUUUUCUGUGUCUGGUGUCAAGGCAGUUCUUCGAGAUACUGUAAAUUCGAGAGCGACUAUUGCCGCCUAAAAGUGUCAAGCGUAAGGUUAUUUACGCGACCAUAAAAUAUUGCCUAAUAAAAAGUACAGGAAAUUUCUUUUUAUCGGCAUGAAUAAUUAUUGCCUCGUUAUUUUGCCCUAUAUUUCCGAGGUCUUCUUAAUUAUAUACAUAUAUAUAUAUAUAUAUAUAUAUUUCAGUAACCAUAGUGUGCUCAACGAAACAAAGCUGGUUAGAAUACAAGCCACGCAUAAGGCGGCAAGUCGAAAAAUUCAAUAACCUCCACGCACAGUUUUAUUUUCUUUUUCAAAGCGGUAGCUUACGUAAACAGGUGUCUCUUCUCGCCCCACGUCCCUAGCGGCGCAGAGCGGUAAGAGAUGGUUGUCAUUCGUCGGUAAUUGAACUGGGAGAGUUGGUUAAGAAACGAAGUUAAUUUGAUAUAACCGGCACUUUUAUGUGAUAUGCACCAUGGAGAAAAGAGGGUUUGGUUUCCUGUACACUGAAAAAAGUUAUUGUCAUGAUUUUGAAUGUAAAUUACUGGUCGGUGUGAAAACACAUAUACAUCUGGAGAGCAAACACAAGGUGGCAUUAACGUCCUGACUGACAAUAGUAGCUUAGGCUUCGCUUAAAAUAAUUAGCAAAGGUAAACGAAGCAUCGAGAACUGUUUAAAGUGCGCAAUGGCGAUGACAAGCUAAACUUACCGGGGUAAAAACGCAUUCAAUGCAUUGAGAAAAUGCAUUAAGCUCAUUGUUAUACACCGAGCGAGUGUUGCCAUGAAAGUUGUAUUGUGUCACCUGCCGUCCGCCUAAUCAAGCAUACCAGCGUGAAAGAAAGAAAAGUUUUAAGGUGAAUGCAUAUGUUUGGUUUGAAUUCUGCUGAUUAGGUAUUACCAACAGCUGUAAAGUAGUUAAAUCAUUCGAUUGUGUGUUUUCAAAGCCUAGAAAAAAUCAGACGAGUUCAUUUGCUGGUGUAUGCGAUUUUCCUUAAUCACACUCAGAUGUUCUUCAUGUAUUGAUACAGAUUUCAGCAAUUUCAAGAAAAAACAUUAUUUAUAUUUUUUUAUUCAUUAAGGUGGUAGAGCAGACUGACUUCUGACACAUGAAAAACAUAUUCAGCAGUUAGGUUUCUUGUAAUCUUCACAGAUCAGCGAACACAUGGACCCGUCAUCAUGACAAAUGAGCUUCCUGAGAGGAGCUUAACGCUCGUCGUUCUAGAAUCCACAAUUUGUCUCGUACUUACCAUCUGUAGUCUUGUAGGCAAUAUCAUGCUCUGUUUGGCCGUCUAUCGCAAUCCAAGGCUGAGAUCAACAACAAAUCUCUAUAUCAUCGCAUUGUCUGUGGGCGAUCUGAUGUGUGCAGUGCUGGAAAUGCCACUAACAUUUUGGACUUUAGUCGUUGGAAAAUGGGUGUUCGGCGACGGUGUAUGUCAACUUCACGGUUUCGUGGACGUGUUUUCAACUUAUUGCCCACCUGCCACUAUGGGUCUCACAGCCUUUAACAGAUACAUUCGCAUCGUGAAGACUAAUCAUUAUCGACAAAUAUUUUCUCCUUGGCGUUCUAAGUUCUGGCUCUUUGGCGUUUGGUUCAGCCUCGCCGGAUAUCUUCUUAUUGCGCGCGUAACAAAUUGGCAAAGAUACGACUUUGUUGUCGGUUUUGCCGCGUGCAGUGUUGAACAUUACACAGAAAACAGGAAACUUAUUCAUUAUUGCUUUGUGGUGUCGUUAUACUUUGGCGUUUCAUUUUUAGUUGCAAUAUUCUCUUACUACAAAGUGUUGCAGGCAAUUAGGAAUCACCAUUUACAAGUAGCUCCCAGACUGUACAGCGCCUCAUCAGCGACGACCUCCGGAACACAGACACUGAGAAUUUCAAUACAGGAAAUUAGAAUCAGCAAAUCGAUUGCUGUUGUAAUGGCAGGCUUUACCCUUUGUUGGAUACCGAUGUGGGGUCUUUCUCUGACCAACAGAUUCUCCUCGAGCCCUGUGCCAAGAAUAAUCCCAUUACUCGUAACAUUUUUCAUCUUCUUAAGCAGCUCAAUCAAUCCCUUUAUCUACGCUGCCACUAACAAUGGAUUUCGACAAGAAUUUCGCAGAAUGGUAUUCUGUUUCAAGCGAAAAGCUAGAGUUACCACUGCGCGUAUGCGCGCAGGUACGAUUGUGGAAAACAUCAAUGUCAACCAUGAAGCGGAGAAUCCUGAAGUUGAAAAAAACGUCAACGUUACUUACUUAGCUAUCGUGAGAGCUAGCGCAUCUGCCAGCGCAACUGUUAGAAGCUCUGCGAAAUACGGGCAAAAAUCACUUUAUGAGAAUGCUGAUCACGCAAGAUAGCUUGUUACUCGGAAACUUUAAUCUUUUAGGUUACAAACGCUACAAAAAGAACUGAGGUGUAAAGUUAUGCAAUGGCAGAGCUCCAAAGGCUAUCUGCGCCGCUCAACUGUCAUGGCAACGUUGAUUAAAUAAGGACAGAAAAAGUUCUGUCUCUUUGUGAACAGAGAUAAAAGACAAAAGUGAUCAUUCUGGUCUUUUGCCAGUACUGCACUGGUUAAAUUAAAGAGUUAACUGACAUUUUUCCGUCAAGUCAUUUAUUUCUGCAAAUUAUCGUUGUUUUCUUUACCAUUCGAAGAUAUAUUUCAUCAAAAAAUGUCGUGCAACGUUACCAAAUUGUCAGAUCCACCUGCGUUAACUGAGACAGCACCGAAAAAAGCGUUAAUUCGUCACGGACGACCUUAUUACUGCGUUAAUUCGUCACUGUUUUAAUUAAGUGUUACGGGUCAUAUCAUGUGUUUACUGUUAAGUUUAAGGCCCAAAAUGUUAAUUGCUUUAAUUCGUGAUGAGAGUAAUACGUACUACUGCAAGGAUUUCCGAUUGAAACGGGUACCCCAGUUGCAAGUACAGUAGAACCUCUACUUAUGGCCACCUCUCAACAACGGCCACUUUUUCUUGCGGCCACUGUUUUUGGCGGACGUUUCAUACAUUGGUUCCUGUUUGAACCUCUCUACAACGGCCAGCUGUCUGCAACGGCGACUAUUCUCUGUCCCCAAGGUGUCGGUUGUGGAGGGGUUUAACUGUAUUGAUGAGUUACUAUGAUUUCGCACAAUCUUGAAGAGGUCUUGAUUUUUAGUAAUCAUCUUGAAAAGUCCUUGAAUUCGGUUGAGGUCCUCGAAAAGUACUUGAUUUCUUUCUUAGAAAAUACCUUGACAUUCACUACCUUGUUUAUGCCACACCAUUUUCUGUGAAAUUGAUUGUUAAGUCUGUGCAGUUGCAACAUGUAAGGAAAUUCAAGACAGUCUUGGAUUCUGGGUUUCACGCUGACUGUAUUGCGGAUUCCAGAUACCGUAUUCCGAUCUUUGUCAGGGGAACUUGGAUUCCGGAUUCCUUGAGCCGUAUUCCGGAUUCCAAGGCCCAGGAUUCUGGAUUUCCACAAGCAAAAAUUUCCCAGAUUUCGGAAUCCGAAUUCCAUUCGACACGCGGCGACUGCAACCCAGGAAUGCAAACUUGCUAAUCGCGAGACCUUUGCACGUGACCUAGGAUUUUUGCUAUGUCGUAGUAAUAAUUUUUGGAAAUAAAAAAGUAGCUUAUUAACUCAGGCCACUGAUGAUGCCACCGAACACCUCUAAAUUUUAUUACAGUUUUAGAUCAUAAAUUUAAUAGUGACAGGGGACUGUUACAACCUUUUCGAAUGUAACAAGUGAAUAAAUAUUACGUACAUGAAAUAUCAUCGAUGCUUGGGCUUGUCUUUUUUUUUUGGUGCUUUAGGGUUUAACGGUUGCAAUUCUUUAACCGAGAAACGCACUCGGUAAGCGAUCGGAUCUUCCGAGAAUUUUCACAAUAUUCAACCGUCUUAGACCCCUUAAGAUUUACCUGUUCCAGACCUCGUACCAGCUGCAGUUCUCAGGCCGCAGAAAUGUAACCCGGCCAUAAGACAUUUUAGGAAAAUUAAAUGUCACUUUUCUUAUAAUUCACACUUUGACUCAUUAUUGAGUUAAUUGAAGCUCUGUUUACCUGUCAUGGGCCGGGUGUAAGAAAGAGGAGAAUCUCGAUUUUAUAAUUAUUACAUGAUAUUAAUUUGAGGAGGACUCGGAAAAAAAAUCCGAGUCCCAGAUGGGAUUUGAACCCACGACCCUCCGUGAUCUAGUCGGAUGCUCUAACCACUUGAGCUACUGGAGACUCUAUGGUGAGCAAGGGCCAAUUUGUGGGUCUCGACUGGAACCGCAUCACGCGGCUACACAGCCAAGUAAUGAUAGGCACACAAGAAGUGAAGAACUCACUAACAGCAUCGCGCUGUCACCUUAAAGCAUAUCAAAGAUGCGGCCAACCAACCUCCAAAGUGAGUAUAUUAAAGAUGAAAAAAACAACAACAUGAUAUUAAUUUGAGGAGGACUCGGGAAAAAAAAAAAUCCGAGUCCUCCUCAAAUUAAUAUCAUGUUGUUGUUUUUUCAUCUUUAUAAUUAUUGGUAUGGAAAUCCGCCAGUAACAAUGAAACUGUGAAGCACCCUCGAAGUGGCCAUAUUUCUUCUCUUGAAACCAUUCGUACGUUUAAGGAAAGUACCAAAACACUUUUAACGCUGUUCCCGUGUUAUCUUACCCUGCGAGGAGAGGCCCUUCGAUCUUCCUAGAUAAGUCGGGAAGAGGAAGGGACUUAUCUAGGAAGAUCGAAGGGCCUCUGCCGCAGGGUAGUGUUGUCUCGACAAGUUUUGUUUCUUUGUGAACUGAAUGUCGCGUUAAUUUCCUUCAUUUUGAAAUGUCUCUCCCUUUCGCAUUAAUUGCGUUUACUAAAAAGUCGUUUUGCACUAAGUUUACGGUAAUUUAAGUCGCGGCGUUAAUUUCCAAUUCCUUAAUUCAUGAAGCGUUAAUUUUCUGUAAUAAGGUACAACGAAAGUUUAUCACUAAUCAAAAAAGGCGAAUUAAAGACUGUCCAUAGGAAAAGUAAGUCUGUUCCAGGGCUCACCCAGUGUACCCGAUAAGACCCGGGGUUAGGGGUACUCCCUAAAAUGGCCCACACGGGCAGACUAAAAAGGAUUACCCUUCUCGGGUUUCAGCUAUAUCAAAGAGGAAAUUCACAUGUGGUAAUAUAUGAAAGGGAAUCAAAAUCUAUCUUUGUUCAAGUAUUCAAAUUGCCUUUGGUUCACUAACAUGUUUCGAAGCGCCGACGAGAGACGAGAGACGAGAGACGUAAAUUUCGAUUGACAAAUAAUUUAAUUAGCGAUUUUCUGUUUUUACACACGGCCUCCUUGAAAAGCAGGUGUUUUCUUUUCAUCUUUAUUAUUUUAGUUUUUAUCUUAGAUUUUAGAUUAGUUAGGAAGUUAGUUUUUCUAUACUUCAAUGUAAAUGUAUACCUGAAGGAAAUACCGUGUUUAAAUGAAGUUACCUUACCUUACCUUACCUUACCACAUGGAUUUAUCAUUCUAAUCUCGGCUAUUAAACAUUACAUGACAAAACCUUCUUUACUAGCCAAGGGAUAUUUUCCAUGGUAGGUAUACGAAAAGGGUACCCUUUCUGUCAAAAUUAAUGGUAUGUAAAAGUGUAACGGGUUGGACCUCGGGACGGGGCCUCCCCAUAAAGCUUUGUUGACUAACCAACCUGGAGCAGGUGCUGCAAAUGGCUGUCAUUUCUUCUCGACCAUCCGCUGACUUAUGACUUUUAAGUCCAGAGCUCUCAUUAUCCUUGGCCUUUUUUAGCCCCUAUAACUUCUUUUAUCACCAACAGCUGUGGGAGCUGUCCACUUAUAUCGUGACAUAACACUUCAAAUCUCCAACGUUAUGUUAGAGUUGUCAGUAAGCAAAUAUUAUCCAUAAGAAAAUUAAUCUCUUUGAAUUGCUUACGUUCGCUUAUAUUCCCCUCUGUACAUAGCCGAAAUAGAUUUUUGCUGAAAUUAAGAUAAAAUCAACAAAUUAACAAAAACUAAACUAAACUAAACAAAAAACAGUGUCGCGUAAGUCCUGUAGAAAUUGAUAUAUUUCGGUAACAUGUGCUGGCAGUGAAGUUAAUGAGAUUCAUAGAGUUGCUCAAACCUAUGGGAAAAGUAACAACAGCAAUAUCAAUGUGACGUAACUUGUGGCCGAAUCAUUUAACUGACUUGGUUCGAGCUGUCCUGCAUGAGCAGCAUUUUUUUGUUGUUGCACUGAAUAGUUGCUUAGCAUCCCUGCUUUUAAAGCGGUCACAAAAGCGAGAUAAUUAGGUAACGUUGACGUUUCUUUGUACAUCUUUAAGAUUCUCGGCUUUUUCAUGGUUUAAAUUAAUUCUCUCUUCAAUCAUACAGCUCCUAUACGCAGGGAGGAAAGGUUUGCUUUCGGCUUGAAACAGAUCACCAUUUUGCGGAAUUCUUGUCGAAAUCCAGUGUUUGUGGCAGCAUAGACAAUGGGAUUGAUGGAGGUGCUUAAGAAGACGAAAAAGAUUACGAGUAAUGGGAUUAUUCUUGGUACAGGGCUCGAGGAGAAUCUGUUGGUCAGAGAAAGUCCCCACAUCGGUAUCCAACAAAGGGUAAAACCUAACGUCACAAAAGCGAUCGUUUUAGUGGCUUUAAUUUCUUGUACUGAAACUCUAAGCGUUUGCGAUGUGCAAGUCGUUGACUCGCUGUACAGUCUGGCUGCUACUUGUAAAUGGUGCUUCCUAAUUGCCUGAAACACAUUGUAGUAAGAGAAUAUUGCAACUAAAAAUGAAACGCCAAAGUAUAACGACACCACAAAGCAAUAAUGAAUAAGUUUCCUGUUUUCUGUGUAAUGUUCCACACUGCACGCGGCAAAACCGACAACAAAGUCGUAUCUUUGCCAAUUUGUUACGCGCGCAAUAAGAAGAUAUCCAGCGAGGCUGAACCACACACAAAACAGCCAGACUUUAGAACGCCAAGGAGAAAAUAUUUUUCCAUAAUGGUCAGCCCUCACGAUGCGUAUGUAUCUGUUAAACGCCGUGAGAGCCAUGGUAGCUGGUGGACUGUACGUUGAGAACACGUCCACGAUGCCGUGAAGUUGGCACGCACCGUUGCCGAACACCCAUUUUCCUACAGCCAAAGUCCAAAACGUUAGUGGCAUUUCCAGAACUGCACACAUCAGAUCGCCCACAGACAAUGCGAUGAUGUAGAGAUUUGUUGUUGAUCUCAGCCUUGGAUUGCGAUAGACGGUCAAACAGAGCAUGGCAUUGCCUACAAGACUGCCAAUGUUAAGUGCGAGGCAAAUCGUGGAUUCUAGAACGACGAGGGUUAAGCUUCUGGUAGGAAGUUCAUAAGUCAUUUUGCAUCAGUGCGCUGCGCUCUGAAGAAACUUUUGCGCAAAAUUUCACUGAGAAAUGAGUUUGUAUGUGAGUAAUCAGACUAUGCUGCAAUUGAAUGUAAGUGUUUUUUUUUUAGUUUGUGGCAGGUUCAAAAUAAGCUGAAAUGAAAAAAAAUAUAUUAUAUAUAUAUGUAUCACACGAUCUGUUAAAUCAACAGUCUCGUCCGAUACGGUGAAAUCGUGAUUGUAGGUGAUAACUGAAUAAUUACCUAAAGACAGAAAAUCGAGCUAAGUUCACUAGUACAACUGUACAUUUAUAAAUCCAAUCAAUGAAUAUUGAAUACAAACACAACCUUAGAAAAGAAAUUGUCUCUCUCCCAUACUGGUCUGGUAUUAAGUAAAACGUUGCCAUCAGACAGAUGGCAGGUGACACUCGUUUCCGUCAAUAUAUGCCGGUAAAUAUAUUAACUCGUAUUGAAGCGUUUACGUCCCAAUGGUUUCGUUUUCACGAAGUCCGUGAGACUAAAUCUUGACCCUGACCAAUUUGUGUUGAACGUAAAUGAAUUUUUCGAGAAAACGCGGACUAGGCUUUAGCCUCCCACCUGGAUUUUCUCAUUUAAAACAAACAGCAGUCAAAAGUCGACAUUAGUAUUUGCUUUCUUUUAGCUUGCCUUAUUACAAAGGCUGUCAGCAUCGAAUCAAUCGAAUUACCAACGGAGGCAUGAAUUUUCAGAAGUAUUUUGAAACUACAGCAGUCUCCAGAGAUCCAUAUCGCUGAAAUGAAAGAAAAACUGGAUGUCCAUUGGGUCGCCUCUUCUUUGGUUCAACGCCAGCGGUUUUUUGGCUUUUGUUUUGUUUGGCGGGAAGAAUCUUGCCAAGGUGGCAUAAGCAUGACAUGUCUUUAAAAUCACCAGCGACUGAUCUCACCCGGAGAGCAAAAGCAGCCAAUUAUUCUGUGUUAACAGUAUUGGGGGCGUCUUAUACUAUGCCAAAAACACUGUCUAUAAGUUGGCUGGCCUUGUUCUAUCUCUCUCGUUUGCGCCUUUUAGACCUUUAUAUCCGUUAUAUGUAUCAAUUUUAAUGUAGAAUCGCAUAAUUGAGUAAAAUCUGGCAUUCUGAUUGGUUAACGAAGCGAGGUAUUUAGUGUGGAAUUGCGAGUUGAAAACGAGGCUAAGCGUUAUCAGUUUUCGCGUGCAAUUUAAAGUGGAAUUCACGAGUUAGGUAAUGAAUUUUGCUAUAAUAUACAACAUGGUAGCCGGUCAACAUGACCGCCCACAUAGCAGAUAAAUCAUCUCAACCAUCUCAACCCCCACGCCCCCCCCUUCCCCCCCCCUUCCCCCCCAAAAAAAAAACAUUAAAAGCCGGAAAACGAAUCAGGUUUUUUUUUUUUCAAGCCUCGACAAAGGUCAAAAUUGGAAAAAACCAAACCGCAUGAUGUUAAAAAUUAUACAAGCACCAUAAGAUGUCCUCCUUACAAAGAAUAUUGACGAAGCCAUUUUUAAUUUGAAGUGCUCACUCUGUGACCUUAUUUUACCCUAUAGAAAAAUUCAAAACUAAGUGGGCAGUGUUGGCUAGUGUUGCCAGGUUAUUUUGGACACCUAAGAGCCCACCGUUUAGAUUACCAGCCGGUCAGUCACAUACGAUAAAAACUGUUUUGUGGAGAGCAAGAAAAGGAAUAGAAAAAGUUGAUCAAACAGCUUGCAUUAAAUACAAUGCUUAAUUGCGUUUGUACUCUAUUGUGAUGCGUUUGUGGUGAAAUUCUAAACCUAAAUCCGCCCAUGUUAUUUAUCUGAUUUUCUGAAUCUUUAUGAGUCAUUUUUAAGAGAUUUAAUUAAUCUGAUAGAAGACGUAAAUAGGAUGCGGUAGUUAAGCCUCCAAUUUUAAAUUAUUAUUUAAAAUUAUUAACUCUUCUGUUGCCUCCUAUAUAAAGGGUGUCCUAAAAGUUCGUUCCUCUACUUUACAAGUCUGUACUUGUUGUGCCAUCUUUUGACUCGAAUAUUCGAUUUGUUUGCUUUCGCGCCAAAGGCGCGCGAGUAAAUUUUCCCGCCAUAUAUUCUGUGUUUUUCGAAUUGCUCGAACUCCUUUUUUGUGUUUUGUUAAUAUCUUGAAAGAUAAACCCUCACAACGAAAACACACUCAGCUACGUGAGAACAUAAGCAUGUAUACUUCGAUCUACUGGCUUAUCAGUUAAAGAAAUUACUGGGUGGUAAGAUGGUCAUCGAGAAGUGAAGGUUUUAAAGACAAGAAAUGAGGGGGAAGACCGAAAGUCCUGAAUAAAACUGCUCAUUAAAGAAGGCUAGGUGCAAAAGAGGAAACCCGGCGAGGUCGCUCUUACAACCGUGAGCAAGGUAAGUCUGGAGCAGGUUCAUGAAAAGCAAAGUUUGGAGGCCCCUGAGAUGGCCGAAAAAAAAAAAACCUUGACUCAGUCCGCCAAGCAACCUUCAGCUCGUCUCAAAUUUGUAAAGAAGUGCAAAAGCCUUACAGCGGAAAGGGGCCUGGAUGAUUAUCUUUUUUUGGAUCAAUGCCCAAAAUAUUUAUUUAAAUUAUAUUGUUUUUGUAUUUAUUAUUAUUAUUAUAUUGUUUUGGGGGGUCGAAGUAGCUCCUGCAUACCAUGAGGUGAUAAAAAAGCUUAAAAUGAAUCAUCUGUGGCUCUACACGCUACAUGACAUAUCGCACUCAAUGCCACAACGGCUACAGAAUGUGAUAAAAAACAAAUGGGGCAUGCCGGUUACUGAAGUCCUGAAUACAUGUACCCGAAAGAGCAAUAAACAUCUUUUAAAAAUUUCGUGUAAAAAUAAAGUUUUGAUCAAAAGUUUCAGCUUAUGAAAUUGGAUAGGAACGAAUUUUUGGGACACCCUGUAUAUUUACGACGCACCAGAUAAGGUUUUUAACGCCGUUUGUGAUCUGAUUCAAAUCCCUUCCCGACUCAGGUCUCAGAAAACCAGGUAUAUAGCAACUGAUCAUGAUGACGCAAAUAUAACCUUCGGGUUCCCUGUGGUGUUUUGGGCUCCUGGGAAAAUCCACUGGUUAAGAAGGAAUCCAAGACAGUCUUGGAUUCUGGAUUGCGCGCCGUGGAUUCCGGAUUCCAGAUACUUUGUCAGUGGAUUCUGGGUUCCAAUCGUUAGUGGGAUUCGGGAUUCCUUUCGGUGUAUUCCGGAAUCAAAAGCCCAAUAUUCUGGAUACCACAAGUACAAGUAUCCCGGAUUCCGAAUUUCCCAAGCAAAACUUCCCGGAUUCCGGAAUACCUAUUCCCUUACAUGGGGCGAAGGGAAUUCCUCCAGUCCAAUCCACUCAUAAAUUCAAGACUACUCUUUAAUCGAACUGACGAACCUAUGGAAAUGAUCCGAAACAUUCAAGGGGCAUAAACCGUCUGACACUGUAUUGAGUAUGGUUGAUCACAGGUAUACUUUAUAUCUGAAAUGACGUUGCAUUUCCCAACGCGGGUAUAUCAUUAUAAUUUUAAAUGGCAGCCAUUUUGGUUUGGUUACUGAUUAGUGACCUUACAAUUACUCAGUGCAAAAUAAGGUCAAAAUCAGCCAGUAUUUAUUGCGCAAAAGCCAUUUUUCUUUCACUUCAAAAGUAAAUCAUUUCAAUAGGACGACUGACGUCAUUUUGUAUAUACAUCAGAAUCCCUCAGUUGGUUGUUUUCUUGUGAAAAUUAGGGCUAUUGUCUUUUAACCCUCAUUAGAAUUGACAAAUUUAAAGAAAAAAGCAAAAACGAGAUAAAUUCUGGUAGUUGUUGCCAAUUAUCGUCUUCGUAAAAAAGGCCCAUUGAAGAGAGUUACGUCAAGGAGAAUGACGUCACACCAGUGCACCAUUUUUAAUUCAGAGAAGAAAUCUUUGUCCUUGUGUCAGACUAAUUGAUUGUAUUAAGAGAACAAAGAAAUACAUGUAGUUUCCUGGUAACUAGAGUCAAGAGAGAAUAUAGUUGUCUCUAUAAGGGCAUUCUAUUGCUAUGAACAGUUCUUAAUAUCGAGAUUGGAAAUGUUCUCGGAUAAAUGUCGGGACAAGAAAAGCCAUUUUUAUUAAGGUGUCAUGAUUCCUUUAACCAACGCCUCCCUAAUUUCUGUAGUUUAAAUUUCUUGGUCAUCUUCUGCUGCAUUCCGACCAGAAAUCAUAAUCAUUUGACUCGUAGAGAAUGCCAGUUAUGACUCUUAAUGAAACUACAUAAGGUUGCUUCUAAAAAUGCGCGUUCUAAGAUAACAAAAAAAAAUUAAUAUUUCAUAAAUUGUACGAACUCACUUCGAGAGGAGUCUGAAAAAAUAUAAAAUAUAGUAGAGGAAGAAACUGGUUAUUAUUAAAGUAAAAUUUCUCUUUAUAUGUAUGAAACAUAUUUUCCAUAUUCUGAAAUGAUACAAAGCCUAAUGGAGUUGAUAUUUUAAAAUAAAGGCCUCAUAGAAUUCGAAGAUUUUAGAAUCGUAAGCUUUUGACAAACUGAUGUAUCAAAAAAAGAAAAAAAUCGUUUAGGCGAGCAAAUUCAAGUGACCAAAUUUUGUCCACAUUAUUUUGGUACAGUAAAGGGUGAAUCAGUGCGAAGGUCUUUUAACUAGUUUCAGAGUGAAAAACUGUAAGAUAUUUCGUUUAGUAUUAAUUAAGUACAUACAAGGCCCAUACAAGGCAAACAAACUAUACCAGAUCUAUACUAAAAAAAUGUACAUCGGUUCUAAAAAAAUCUCAUGACAUGUAAAUUCUCAACUUUUGCCUAUAUCUGGCAAACUUUAACAACAACUUAAGAAACUAAUAUUAAUGCAACGAAUUUGUCAUUAAUCAAAUGGAAGGUCGCUUUGACUAAAUUAUUGGGUUAAUAAUGAUAAUAAUAAUAAUAGUAAUAAUAAUGAUAAAAGAGAUACAAGCAUAUAAAACUAAGGAUCAAACUGCGCACAAUAUUCCCAAGCAAAACAACUUUGGUUCCAACAACUAUUAAUAGCAUAUCCACACGCAAAUCGGAAACAGGGUAAUUCAGCAAGAAAGUGUAUUUUUAAUGAGACAUUUGUUUAAUUAUAGAACUUCCUCAUUUGGUCGCUUCUUUAAAAAUCGAUUUAAAGUUUUAACAGCGAGGUAUUCUAAGAUUAUUCUUGCAAAAGCUAGCGGUACUUCCUUGAUCAAAUUACUAAAAAAACGAAGGCUUCUUCGUUCUUCUAGAGAAACUUUUCCAGUUCUUUUUUUCUCGAUCUUUAAUUGAAUUCCUUAAACUUUAAGCAAUUGAAUAUAUAAGCGAAAUAUCAACACAAGAUUUAAAUUAUUUCUUAAAAUUAUGUGCAUUUUACUGUCUUCUGAGUGAGUACAAUGUUAAACUUGUGACUCGUUUCUUCGAGUGUCUCUCCUGUCACUGCCUAUCACAGAAUCCGGUGUUACUUUCCUGACUCUCCACCAACACAUCAAAUUGUAGAAUUCCUCUCUGAAAACACGAUUUGUUGUGGCGUAUAUAAAAGGGUUUAUUGUGCUACUAAGAAAUAAGAAAAAUAUAACUAGUAACUGUAUUAGUCUGGGAGCUGUGUUUGGAAAGAAUCGCUUCCAAAAUAUAAAUGUCCACAUGGGUAUCCAGCAAACCAGGAACCCAGCCGCUACAUAAAACAAAACUCUACUAACACUUAUUUCUUGUACCGAGAUUCUCGCUAUCUCUGUUUGAUUCGUGUUUUGCAAAGUUGGCGCCACGUCCAGUUUAUGUUGACGAAUUUUGUCAAACACUUUGUAAUAACUGACACAACCAGCGAGGAACGGUAGAGCAAAAAAGAAGAUGAAUACAAGGCAGUAAUGAAUAUUUCUGUUGCCUGAUUUGGUGAAGGCAACGCUACAGACUGCGUACCCAGGAAUGAACUGAAACUUUAGCCAGCCUGUGACUCGAGCAACGAACAGAUAACUGGCGAGAAAGAGCCACACGGAACAAAUCCAAAUCUUCGUUUUCCGCGAUGAAAAGACCUUGUUGUAUUGUUUGCUUUUCACAACACGCAUGUACCUGUUGAAAGCUGUCAGGCCCAUAGUCGCUGGUGUUACGUACGUAACGAACGCAUCCACAAAACCGUCAAUUUCGCAUAAUGGAACGCCGAAAUCCCAUUUCCCCAGAAUAAGUACGGCAGACGCCAAAGGCAUUUCCAAUGUAGCACACAACAGAUCGCUGACUGCUAAAGCGAUGAUGUACAUAUUGAUGGUUGAUCUGAGUUUUGGAUUUUUAUACACUGCUAAACAAACCAGAGCAUUUCCCAAGAAACUUAUGAUGUUCAAGAGAAGACAGACACUUGCUUCGAUAAUUACAAUGAUUAAGCCACGGUUUGGCAAUUCCAGCGAGGACAUCUCCGUUAGCAGUGUGUGGAAUAGAUCUAUAUCAAGUUACGUUCGGCGCUGAAGGUUUUCUCAUAUCAGAAUAAAAUUCACUUCCUGAUUGUUUUUAAACUGAUUUACAAUGCAGAUAUUAUUUAGUCUCCUACCGUACGUCAGAAUAUGAAUGGAGUAUUUUUGUUUGACUUACAUUAUCCACCUACAGCUUUAUUUACCCUUUUCAAGUGGCAACAAAUGGCAUCAACAAAAUAAUUCCCAAGAAUAUGAACUUCUAAUAUAGAAUUUUUCAUUGAUCUUCAGUUACUAGUGUAUUGCCAGAUAGCUUGUUAAACAUGUUAUUAUUCGCUCUAUCAAUUCUCAAACCUCCCUUAUAUUUUUUGUACAAACUAAAAGGUCUUCUUUCUCUUGCCUUUUAUUAACAGGUGAUUUCGUUGGCCCUCAUGCAUGUUUACAUCAGAUCGACGAGCAAAUUUUGCCACCAAGCUUCGAAUUGAAAUCAUAAAAUUGCAAGGUUUUGCAUAAAUGAAUUCCAAGGCAGCAGAAUUGAAAAGAAUACCCACGAACAAAGAGAACAAAUGCGAAGAAUUUUUUUUACAAACGAGACUUGGUGGACAGGUGAAAUUUGCUCGUCUGACGUAAUUAAUCAUGCAUAAAGCCACUGUUUCGGCCCUUGCAACAGAUAUACUAAUGAACAUAGACCUAUUCGGCUAACGCAAUGUUGUACCCAAUUCAGAUCUCUCUGGGUAAAGAUUCUUUGUGCACUGUAUUUGCAUUAUAAGGUGGCAUUCACAUUUAAAUAAUAUGGAAAUUCCUGAAACAAAACAUUUUAUUCCCAAAGGGUUUGAAUUGGGUACAACAUUGAGUUAGCCGAAUUGGUCUAUUGUUAAGGGAUCUCAUCAGUGAAAUGAUGCGAUGCUAAUUAUAUUUUCAGUUGAAUUCCCUUCUUUAUUUGUGAUGAUUCAAGGUGGAACGGAUCAUAGAUAGGAGAGGAGACUGGUUAAGAAAGCCGGAAAACUCCAAAGUUGAAAACAACGGUCUUGUAGUUUAUGUUGGAAGUUCCCUGACCGUGCAGAAUCCCGUGUGCCUUCGUUCACAAAUUGUGACUGAAUAAAUUAAUGCGAUGUUUCUAUCGGUCAGUAAGUUCAAAAUGGUAGGAAUGCCAUUAAACGUUGUGCACGGUCAGGUCCGAAAAAGCUAACUAAAACAUAUAACGAAGGAGUCUAGCGGGUGCAUUACCAUUCCACUUUAAUAAGUAUGACCGAUGGAUCAACUUUCACAAAAGCACGUAAUAUGAUAUAGAUAGAAUACCUAAUCAAUCUAUGUUUUAUAUUUUCUGACCCUGAUUGUACGAAUUGUUUUGCUCUGCAUUUCCGAGGUUUACCUCCUUGAACACCGAGAAGAACAAAUUCCUAUUUCGAUUUUUUUUAAUCCCCUUUUUUUUGUUUAAAUAGACGGAAUGAUACAUCAUUAUUUUUCUAUAAAGGCCUUCCUCUUUGAUGUCAUCACUGACUGACAAAUUUAGGCAAAAAACAAACAAACAAAGGAAGAUUAAACAAAACAUCAGAUAUGUACUGGCAUAUCAUUGGGGCAGUGUAAAAUGCACACUGCGCACUGACUGCGGACUAUUGUUUUUAGGGUUAGAAAACAAUGGGACUAUUGUUGUCACGUUUUCAUUUGCAAGGGGAAAACAAUAAGUCCAAUUUUACACUGACCCGCCAUGAUUCUUCUGGUGAAACCGCCACGGCCAAAUUUUUAGAAGAAAAUCGAAACACUGGUUAUAAUACUAUGGCCUUAAACGAGCUCGUGCUCACCUGAAAGGUAAACAGUUGAACAUUUUUACGAGCGCUUCAAAAGUAGGCUAAUUAACAUUGGAAAAAUACGUGACGUUUGUAACAGGUGUAUAACUAAUAAAAGUAAUAAAUUUUCAGCGCUUUGUUAUUUUUUGGAGCAAUAUUUGUUGAAACUGUGUUAAACAGAGUUGAAGAGAUGUCAGACCAUAUACAGCUACAUACAUGCCCAUCAAUUUGGCUUCAAAUACAAUCUGAUAUAUAUGUUGUACCUUAUUUUUUUAUCCCAGGUAAUUUUUGUUUCUUGUUUUGAUUUUCGGGUAUGGUAAUGUACGCUAAUAAAGUUGAAACAAAGAAAAAGUAAAUCAGUUUAAAUCAGUUUUUCAACGAUUAGCUUGUACGCUUGACUGGGAGGUGGUGGGUUCGAUUCCUGGAACCGGACCGAUACUCAGGGUCUUAAAAUAGGCACUGCCUUUUCCCUGCAAACGGCCUGACCUUCGCGUGGCUCGAAUACCCAUGUAAAAUGUCGGUUCCGUCUCUAGUAGGAGAUGUAAAAAUAGUGUCCUCAAUUAGUACUUUUGCUAAUUAAAAAAUACAUGGACCCGACUCGAAUAAAGUGCCUUUUUGUACAAUUUUUUUUAUUUCCCUUACAUUAUUAUUUUUAGUCAUUAUAGUUGUAACGUUAAAGCUAAUCGUAAGGACAAAAAUAUUGAGUAUUGUCACCAUGUCACUUCCUUUUUUGCUACCUUCGUUUUUACCGUCACUCAUCAUUAUUGCAUAAAAAUGUUCUCUAUCAACGAAAUCUUAGGGUAUUAAAAAUAAAAAACAAACGCAGUUUUUAAAAAUUCCAUAUUUUUUAAUCGGAAUUUUUUAAGUGAAAAAGAGAAUAUCAGCAUAAUGAUGUGCAUGAAAAGUUAAGUGAUGAUCGGUUACUAUGGUUACGAGAUAUGACGUCAUAAGUAGUAAGCGGUCAAGCCAUUUUUGAGUGAAAAUGCACAUUUUUUCGCCUUGUUUCUAAAAUAAAAGUAAAGUUUCUGGAUAUAUUAUAAAGCAAACUACUUAUUUGUUUGUUGUGUUACAUGUCAAGAACGAAAAAAAAUACCAAUUCUCUCCGUUUUUAGCCUGAUUUCUAAUUCUUGGUUAAAUCCAAGAUAGCGGCCAAGUUGGCGGCCAAGACGUUGACCGUGUUUGGUGACGUCACAGGCCGCCAGCAGGGCCGUAGCAAUUAAAUAUACCUCAUCUUGUCGAGAGAUUUCCACUGCUGGUAAAAUCUUUUCGAAAUACAGCAACAUGUCAAAAAGUCGCGGGACGGGUUCCAUCAACCCCCCCCUCCACCCCUUGAAAUACGCUGGGGGUGGGGCGUUAAGUGAAUGUUACGUUCUUGAACAUAUUAGCAAUGUCCCCAUUGGAUAAAUACUUCAGAGCAUGGCCCCAUUUUGUGUGGCACCACCUAUUUCUCUUGCUCCCCUCCCCUUUUCAUGCCUGCAACGCAGAUGCAAGCUGGUAGUGGUGACGCACAAUCCAAGGUUAUAAAUAACCGUUAUUAAUGGGCAAUAAUUUGGGGCGUGGAAAGGGAAAUGCAAUCAACUCUGGUGUUAAGUUGUAGCAAGAGACUAUAAAGGGGACAGAGAGGGCAUCCCCCAUAUACACCCUAUUCCAUAGAUAAUUCGUCUCGAGUUAUUUUUA